AUUCAUUUUUAUUGGAUUUGUUCGUCGUUUCGAGAAAAAAUUGCUGCCACGUUAAAUUUGACUGCAAAGCAAGCAUUCUUGUACGAAUAGUGAUUCCAUCAGAAUUAUUGUACGCAUGCGACAGGACAAAAGUGGGGGAAUACCGUGAAAUCAUUAAUCAUUAUCAGACAAUAAGGGGAAUUCCAAAAAGAAGGUGCAUAAUCUCCGAUAAGACUCGGAAGGAAUUCUUGUCAUUGUUAUUUCACUGCCUGACAAGAAGUCUCAUAUCAACGCAUCAGUAAUUGACAUCUCGAUAAUUUCCUACGAUUCUAUAAAUAAUUUAAUGUUUUUUCUGAACUCAAUUUAUCGUAACAAUUGAACAGCAGAGGUCAACUGGAUUUAAUGACAUUUCUGAACCCACCAUUCUGUCCCCAUUACUUAAAACUGGGUAUCCCACAUUGUCAGAUGAAGCAAUACUGAGAAAGUUUUCGUGACGUUAGUGUUGGAACAGUGCCAGGAAGUAGCCACGAGUUUAUAUCGGUGUUUUCUAUUUUUUAUCCAUUUUUAUUUCACCGAGAGGACGACAUGACAGCUGGAAAACUCAUCGAUUUCGAUGAUAUCGAAAAGGAUAUUCAAGAACUCAUCCACGAGAGUAUCAGGGUGAGAGAACGGGCGUACUGUCCGUACAGCAAUUUUCAGGUGGGUGCAGCAUUGCGGUGCGAUGAUGGGACAAUUGUCACUGGGUGCAACGUGGAGAAUGCAGCAUUCACAGCUGGUACCUGUGCAGAGAGAUGUGCAGUAUCAAAAGCGAUAUCCGAGGGGAAGAGAAAAUUCCGUGGUCUCGCUGUUGUGGCAAAUUGUGUCGAAGGUGCCAUCACUGCACCCUGUGGGGUCUGUAGACAGAUGUUGGUGGAAUUCGGGGACAUGCCUGUUUACCUCGCAUCACCUGACAAGAAAAAAGUCCUCAGGACGUCCUUGAGGGAACUCUUACCCAUUUCCUUCGGUUUCAAUGGAGUCAUAUUCGAGUAAAAAUAUCAAUAAAAAUUAUAAUCGAUAUUAAUUGAUCUUUCGUGAAGAUUUAUUCAUCUUUCGAUGGGAAAAUUAUAUGACUCGUUUAUCGUUCGAUUUUAGCCUUCGGGCAAUUUAUCAGUGAAAUUGUGAAUAUUUUAUGGCGAUCACUCAUUUAUCUGAGAAAAUAUCGUAUAUCAAGGUG